CUUUGGGUUGCAAAGUUGAAAUCCAUGGGAGAGCAGGACCUGUGCAGGGAGGCCCUUCGGCCUGGGAAAGAAAAGCAGGGAAAGGCUGGGAACAAGCAGUUCAGGGAGAACGUCCUGGCUGGCACCUCCCUCGUGUCCAUGUGGAUCCUGAACCCUCCGGUGCUGGAAGCAGCAGGGCGAUGUCCCCGGGCCUGCCCGGGGGUGGGUCCUGCCUUCCCAUCCCACCCUACCCAGGCUUUGCCCUGGCUUUGCCUCUGGGCACAAGUUUUCAGGUGGGAGAAGGAGUGGAGCUGGCCCAGCUGGAAGGGAAGAGCCUGGAUGUGGCCUGGACGAUCCAGGGAGCCCAUGGCUUCCUCCUCUUCCUCUUUCUCCUUCUCCUCCUCCUCCUCCUCCUUCUCCUUCUCCUCCUCCUCCUCUGUCUCCUCCUCCUCCUCUGUCUCCUCCCAUGUGCACCCCAGGGGUUUGUUGCUGCAGGUCCCACCUCUGUCCCCAUUCCUGCAGGCACGUCCCCCACCUGGAUGUCCCUUCUCCAGCCGGGAAUGGUCAGGCUGGGAGCUGGAGGAGGCACCUGCCCAUCUCCUCAUGGGCACCCCGGGGGAUGCACCAGGGACAGGAGCACCCGAGGGGCUUUGCUUUGUGGGGCACAAGUGGCUGCUCAGAACGUCCCCCACACCCUGGGUGCCCCCCAGCCCCGAGGGGGGAGGGGGCAGCCCCCAGCCCUCCUCCCUGAGGGGCUCCCCGGGCUGCUCCCACCUCCGUGGCACUGCCAGGAUCCAGCCCCAACAGGGUGGGGAUGGUGCCCAUCUCUCCCCAUCCAUCCCUCCCUCCCCGGCAGCCCCCGCAUGCCCGGUGCCCCCGGCUCCCCGAGCCGUGCAUGCCGUGUCCUACUGGGGUCCCACCGGGGUCCCACCAGCACCCCCCCCCCCCCGUUUGGUGUCUGGAUGGGAUUUUUUACCUGGGGGGUGGGUGUGUGGGGAGGGAGUGGGGCACAGACCCUCACAGAGGGAGCAAAGGCAGGUUUGGGCAGUGCAGACCUGGCCCAGUUUUAUAUGUAACGAGCAUGUGAAAUGUAUUUGUGAGCAAAAAAAAAAAAAACUAAAAAAAAGGGACUUUUCAUUUUAG